AUGUGGAGUUUCUUUGUUGACGAUGGCGGCAAUAAGCGUGGACAGACUUCUCGCCCUGUUGGCAGGGCUGAGAUACAAAUACAAUACUCAUCACAAUUAGGCAUCGCAUUGGCAAUGGAAGUUAUCUUAGUUUUCUUUAACUCGACGUUAAACCCUUUUCUCUAUUGCUGGAAGAUUACUAAAGCGAGACGAGCAAUGAAGCAGACAAUCCGACAUGCACUUUGCUGUCCAUGGAGUUAGACCAUCCUCGAGUUAUACACCAUCGCAUAAACACUUUUAGCGCAAAGCUGACCGAUAGAGAACGCUCGUCGCUUAAAUUUUUGCUCGAGGUCUGUCGAUAGUAUUUUUUGCUAGUCACGUAAAACAAAAUAAAGGAAAGGUAAUGGAAACACAAACCAAAACUUUAAAAAGUAUUUUACAUGCCACCAAACUUUACUUUGCGUGCAUCAAUUAUUAAUUAAAGAAAAGAUAUACUUGCACAAGAGAAUAUAUAGUCUCUUACAAUCUCAUGACGUAACUUAUACUCUAUAAGAAAGCGAAAGAAACAAUGGCUUUAUCCACUUGUUUGGUAGAUGAGUUGCAUCAACCAACAAUUUUUUUUCUCUGCGGUUUACAUUCUCCUCUCCAUCACAGCAUCUCCUGACAACUCUCUUGUCCUUGUUAUAAAAAGUUGUAAACGUAUUUUUUUUUUCAUCAGAAAAAUAUCCAUAUUGCUUAUGAAUGUUUUAAAAUGUAAUUGAUAAUGAUGUAAUAAAACAAACAUUGUGUAAGUGGGUGCAUGGAUUUAAAUCAAAACUUUCCUUUUCUUUUUUAAUUCUUUUCAAAACCUUUAACUUUCCGAGAUUAAACGUUAUACUUCAUCUUCUCCGCUCAACUAAAGGCGAAUUUCUACGUACCUGAGAGGACAGCGUUUAAAAUAAUUGUGAAAUGCUAAUAGUAUCAAAGAUGUCUGUCUGUACGUUUGACUCUUAAAGCUAAUUUGUUCCUAUUCUGGUGACUUUUCUUAAUGAACUUUCAUUGAUAGGGAGCUAAUCAAGUCUCCAUAUCAUCUGUGUGAAACUAAUACUUCAAUCAUUAUCAGCCUCGACAAACUGAAAUUACGAAGAUCAAGCUGGCAACUUUGAAUGAUGUAAGAAAAAAUUGGACUCGUGAAAUCUCCAUAUGCAUCAAACCAUGAAAACGUGAAUGAAUUCAAAUAUUAAAAAGAAGCUUGAAUCUGAGGAAUUGUUUAUCGCAUUUUGAUUGAGAAAAACUGAUAUUACAGAUGUCUCUAUUUUUUCCUUUUACUGCUAUUUCAUCCGUGAGCCACCCCACAUGUUCCAACGGACGAUCAGCUGAAAAAAGGUUGUUUUUCGCCCCAUAAAAAUGAUAUCACAGUUGUCUCUCUGUUUGCCUCUUGCUGCUAUUUCAUACAAGAGGCUCAUCACAGGUUCCGGAUAAAAUUAUAAGUAUUAAGUAAUGGGCGCUUCAACGAAAUUACCUUUCAGUGCAAAUUGCUACUUAAACUGAAAUUCACUGAUUGAGAUUAAAAACUUGUCACAGCCCAUAGUCAUAUCAGCCGCAGUCGCUAUUCGGAGAAAUUGAAGAUUCCCUGAAUAAAACUCCUACUCUGAAUUAAAGAAUUGCACGAGUUGUCGGUUUGUCUAUCAACAAUUUUCCCGUCCAAAAAUAACAAAAAUGGAUCAAAAGUUUAUAUAUAAAUAUACAUAUAAACCCAUUUUCGAAAAGAGUGCUAUUUGAAAAAAUAUUUGACAUAGUCUGUGUAUAUACGUAUUUUCUUUUCUCAUCAAAAAGUGUCUCUUUUGAUGAGAAAAGAAAAGAUAUAUUUAUUUGAUAUAUUUUCAAAUUUGAGAGGUUUUCAAAAACAGGUAUUUACAUAUAUGUAUAAAGCGGAAAGAAACGCAAUCGUUUAAACGAGGCCUAAUACAAGUCCGAAUCUGUCGUCGCAAGCAGGUGUCUCUUUAACACCUUAUUCGUUCUUCACUGUGCGAUAUAAAGCAUGUGACAAUUUUAGAGAGUUUGAAAUAAGUGUCAGAGUUAGUAAAGGCUAAGUUUCUCUUAGGACGAUCGUAACUUUUUAAACAACUGUUGAUAAACUUUGACGACCCAUCUCUUCAUUUUCCAUCUCGAUCAAUAAAUUAUCCUGUUUACUUUAUUAUUGGAAACUAAUUGUCGUCACCAAAGGAGAGUCGUUAAUUGCUCAAGAUAAUCGCAGGAACAAAAAUUGAAUAACUUUCCUUUUACAGUUGCAGAGAAUUGUUUGCUGGCGUGAUAACUUGAUCUUGUUGCUCUUUUGGUUUUAGUUCUAGUCGGAUACGAAACGUAGAGGAAAAAACUACAAAGUGCUAUUAGAUACACAGUUAGUUUCAAAUAUUUUGAAAUAAGUUUGUAGGUGUGGCCGAACAUUAAUUUUAAAUAGUUGUGUAGUCUACGUAGUACAUUCGGUGAUUGUCACGAAUUCAAUUUCUCUCCUAGUACAAUUGACAUGGCCAGGAGGGGAUUUUGAAUUUUUAGCUUUCCGUAGCUGAUAAUGAUUCAAGUCUCAACUUCACAGGAAAGAGAUGGACCCUUGAUUAGUAUCCUAUUAAAAUGGAAUUUGAUUCUGAUAAAGAGUGACUCUUUGUCGCACUGUAAAAACAUUGAAGUAACAGAUGUUUCUAUAUUUGCCUUUAAUUGCUAUUUCUUAUUUGAAGUACCCUAAGGUUCUCAGGAAAAAUAAUUUUUUUGACCCGACAGAAUAUUUCCUGAUGCAUUUUAAAUGAGUAGGUUCUUAUGCGAUUGUUAGUUAGGAGGUAAGACUUCAGUGAUCGUUGCUGCCAUUUUUCGUUGCAAGAAAAGAAAUCUACAAGAAAGGGAAACACCGAGGACAGAAUUUUGUCGACAACAAGUUUCAGUGGUGGUAAAAGUCACACGAAAUCAUUUCAAGAACUGUUAUGCUCUCCCUCUUUGGUAGGUGGGCUUCAACAACAACUAUCAAUUUGCUUCGUAGCGGUUGACAUUCUCCUCUCCAUUACAGCAUUUGUUGGGAAUUCUCUCAUCCUUGUUGCCCUUUACAAAGAAUCUUCCCUACAUCCGCCGUCCAAACUCCUGUAUCGUUGUCUGGCAACCAAUGAUCUAUUGGUUGGUCUUGUUGCCCACCCUCUCAAUGCUCUAUAUUGGAUGUCUGUGGUUCAGGAACACUGGAGCCUUUGUCGAUACGCAAGAGACGCAGCCUACAUCACAGCCUAUGUAUUGUUUUUAGUGUCUUUGAUGACCAUGACGGCUAUAAGCGUGGACAGACUUCUCGCCUUGUUGUUGGGACUGCGAUACAAACAAAUUGCAACUUUGAAGCCUACGUAUAUUAUUGUAACUACCUUUUGGGUUUUUACUCUAGUCGCGUCUUUAUGUGGAAUUUUUUAUUACCGUAUAAUCUUUUCGUACAGUUACUUAGUUACAUCAUUUUGCCUGGUAAUAUCAUUUGCAUCGUACACAAAGAUUUUUUGCACUCUCAGAUAUCACCAAGCACAAGUACGAGAUCAACAACAGGCGAGCCAGACAAAUGCACUGAACAUGGCGCGAUUCAAAAAGGCAGUAGACAGUGCACUGUGGGUGCAGUUAGCAUUAGUUGUUUGUUUUGCACCAAUAUAUACAGUGGAAAUUGUGAUCGCUCAUACUAAAAAAUAUUCAUUACUCUUAGUCGUCACACGGAAAGUAGCACUAAUUUUACUUUACUUUAACUCGACGUUAAACCCGUUCCUAUACUGCUGGAAGAUUGGUGAAGUGAGACAAGCAGUGAAGCGGACACUAAAGGAAGCACUUUGC